GCGGAGCGGAGCCGCUGCGCAGCUUACGCCUCGCGGACAUUGGCGCUCGUCCUGGUUUCCAAACAGCGCAUGAGGGAUAAUGGCAUCUUGCGAGAGCUGUCGUGCCAAGCUACCAGAGGCAAAGGACGAGGAGAUACAACAUCCCUUCAGUGUCGAGGCAUUUCUGGACAGCGGGGAGUUCACAGAUUUCGAGUUCCGAGUGAAGCCCGAAGACCAUCCCCACAUUCCCGAACGGAAGUUUCGUGUGCACAAACAGUUCCUGGCCAUGAGAAACGAGGUGUUCUACGCCAUGUUUUUUGGAGACCUGGCGGAGAAAAGUGAAGUGGUCAUCACUGACUUACACCCGGAUGGCUUCGAGUUGCUGCUCAGGUAUCUGUACUCCGGCAAGCCCAAAAUGAAGAGCAUCGACGAUGCCUUGCACGCUAGGUUUGCCGCCAAGAAGUACCUGGUUCAGGGACUAGUAGACGCCUGUGGCACCUACAUCGAGAAAAACCUCAAGCCAGAUCGUCUGUGCUCCUUCAUAGACUACUACAUGCAGAGCAGGGAGCCAGAAAUGGACGCCAUCGCCGAGACAAUCUUGACGUCAUCCAAAGCACCGGAAAUCCUCUCGUCGAAGGAAUUCAAUGACGCCCUGGAGGAAACAGGUUCGAUACUCGUUGAUAGGAUAAGGAAGGUCUCCGAAGACAGCGUUACCAAAGCCGUGUUUGGCUGGGCCCAGGAGCAGUGCGUCAGAAGCCUGGGGUCAGAAAGCCCGCUGGAAGUGAAGGCACUGAUGCGCUCAUUCUUUCCCAUGCUACGUUUCCUGACCAUGACGCCAGAAGAGUUCGUGGUGGGACCUGGUUCCUGGGGUCUGUUUGAAGACGUCGAAAACCUCGCAUUGCUGCGCAAUAUUGUGAAGUGCGGCUCUUAUCCGCUGCCCGAAGGAUUUUGUGGCGUCACUGCUGACCGCUUCUAGUUGUGAGCACAGUAUAGCGUCCACAUCGCUAUAGAACCUGCGAAGGCCAUUGAUCUCGUUGUUUUAGGGCCAUGUUUAUUAGGGCAAUGUUGUCGGCGUGUUUUAAAUUAUCAGAAUGUCCAUGGUUUGAAGAUUGCGCAACGUUUCGCUGAUUGCCGGAAAGUGGCAAGAGAUGACGUGCAGAUUAUAAUUAUACUGUGACAAUGUAUGCAAGAAAGUGGAGCUAAAUGUCAAAAAAGACUUGUCCGUAAUGAACUUUUCGUGCAGUACUCGAAGGAAAAUUUUGGUAACGUACAUGACAAGAACAUCAAAAAAAAUUAAUGACUGCACUGCUCUGCAAAUUUGUGCGGAGCCGAAAUGCACACAUGAUUGGACGUAAUAUGUAUUUGGUAAUUGUCACUCUGGCGAAGGUGUCACCUUAUUGCAGCGGAUUGGUACCAUAAACAGAAAUAAUGACAGGUUAGUAUUGUAUGAACUUCAAUUAUAAUUAUCUAUACAGUCGAAUAAAGAGAAAAAGAAAAUAUGCAUUUUGCCUUCUAGACGUCUUAGAUGAAUGCACAGAAGAUAGUACGACUUCUGGUAGCUGCGUGUGUGUAGCCAAGGACAGUGUCGCCGAUCGGUCAAACACCAUCUAAGCGCGAAUGAGUCGUGAGAAUGGGUUAGCCAGUGUUGUCUGGCAUUCUUAUUUAUCCAAUCACCCAAAAGAGACUGAACAUUCACAAGACCAAAUAAAGGUCUGCCAACAGUUCCCAGAAUGCAACUAACAUAUCUUAACCCGAAAAAAAGAACAAUACCCGGCACGAUGAGCUUUAUAUUGUGAAGUGUUGGGCGUUCUUUCUUUCAACGUGCUGUAAUCUGCUUUUUGUGGACUGUUUCAUUACGAUUGUUCACGCAUUAUUCAUUUUUUACAAUAUAUUUUGUCGUUAUUACUAAUAUGCACUGUAGCACUGUUCUGUACGAGUUCAUUUCUGAUUUCACUGUAACCCCCCUUACUCAAUGCCUUCGUGUAUGUAAGGUAUUUUUCAAUAAAUACACAAAAAUAAAUAAACUUGUUUAGUAGGUA